GAUCAGAGGACAGCAAGAGAGGAUAAUCACCUUUUGAUCAAACAGCAUAUUCGUUCGGAUAAUUAAAUCUCCGUUUAUUUUAUCUGCCCUUUGUUAUUUUUAUAGACAAAAAAGCGCCGAUAUUUUAAUUGUUCUUUCCCAACCUGCAAACCAAGCCUACAUCCUUCGUUUCCAGCGGUAUUGCGUUUAAAAUCCUGCGCGGUGUUUUGGAUGUGUCGGCCGGCUGCAGCGGUGUUGGCGGUGCUGACCGCCUGUCUCUGUUGCGGUCCGUUUCUGUGCGCGGCGGGGAGAAGCCAGCAGCUCAAUUACCGACCCGUCAUUGGCAUAUUGGCACAGGAAAACCUUCCUGGAGACCAGUUUGCUCGUGGUUCCUCUUACAUAGCUGCCUCCUAUGUCAAAUACCUGGAAGGAGCCGGAUCAAGGGUGGUACCCAUCAGAAUCAAUCGCACAGAAGAAGAAUAUGCUAAGAUAUUCUACUCAAUAAAUGGGUUGUUGCUGCCGGGAGGAGAUGUAGAUAUUCAGACAUCGCAGUUCAGUCGAGCUGCCAAGAUCUUUUACGACUUGGCUCUGAAGGCCAACGAUGCUGGGGACUACUUCCCUAUCUGGGGAACUUGCCAGGGCUUUCAGCAGCUGUCUGUCCUGACAGCUAACAAAAACCUGCUCACCCUCACUGAUACCAAGGCUGUGGCUUUACCUCUCACUCUCACACCAGCGGCCCAGUCCAGCCGUCUGUUUCGGAGUUUCCCCAAGGAUCUGCUGCAGUCCCUGGCUGAGGAAAACAUCACUUCCAACUUCCACAGCUGGAGUCUGUCUCUGCAGAACUACAGCCGGAAUGCCAAGCUGAAGAGGUUUUACAAGAUCCUGUCCACCAACAAUGAUGGGAAGAAAGAAUUCAUCUCCACCAUGGAAGCCUACCGCUACCCAUUUUAUGCUGUGCAGUGGCAUCCAGAGAAAAGCCCCUUUGAGUGGAUAGAUAAGCCAGGCAUGGUUCACUCCACUUCUGCCAUAAGAGCCUGCUUCUACACUGCCAGCUUCUUUGUCUCUGAAGCCAUGAAGAACCAACACCAUUUCUCUAGUCCUGUGGAGGAAGAGAGCGCUCUCAUCUACAACUUCUCUCCCGUGUACAGAGGCAUCCACGCUGUUUUUGUGCAGAACUACUACUUUGAUUGAUGGACAGUACUGUAGACAAAACAGACCUGGGCUCAGUCUAGUCAGAAUUUUAAAGCGGGCAAAAAAAACACAAUUUAAGAUCAUUUGCUGCACACAAAAAGAACCAGAUUCAGGAUCAUAAACACGCACAACGAUAUCUGUUACUGCAAAAGAAUGUCUCAAAUAUGUUUUACAGUUUAAUCAGGAAUCUCAUUAAUUAAUACUUGCAUGCAGUGCAAUUUAUUCUCAUAAAUGAGGUGAACAGGAGGACAAAUUACAUUUAAAUUGAUGCUGUUUUCAAUGCGUCAGUUGAGCAAAUAUGAGUGCAUAGUUUCAUCUAAUGUUAUCACAUGUUCGUUCGUUCGUUCGUUCGUUCGUUCAUUGCUCUAUCGAACCAAACGCUGUGCGCCAGAGUGUGAAUGUGAUGCGCUGCUUGUAAAA